ACCAUGGCACUGAAGUACUUCUCGUCCACAGUCUCCAUUCAUGCAACCCAUGAUCGUGCGAUGCUCUUGCUUGCCAGGAUAACCAUCAUCUACUCAACCGCUUUUCUUCCGUUCAUUCACAGAGAGAGAUAAGGCCAUGGCACUGAAUUACUUCGCACCCACAGUCUCUAUUCAAGCAACCCACUAUCGUGCGGUCCCCUUGCCAGCAUCACCAUCAUCUCCUGAACCACUUCAAGCAACGAGAAGACGACUUUUAUCUAAUGCAACACUCAUUUCAAUAUGCGCAGCUUUUUCGAUAUCUACAAUCCCUAUCCCAUUCUCAGCUGCUGCUUCUUCAAGAAAUGAGCUUUUGGAGAUCCCAGAUUCCGGUGGAGUGAAGGCCUUGGAUCUUCGCAUUGGUUCUGGCGAAGUACCCCUUGAUGGCGAUCAGGUUGCAAUACAUUACUAUGGUAGAUUGGCGGCAAAGCAAGGAUGGCGAUUUGAUUCGACAUAUGAUCACAAAGAUGAUACUAAUGAACCAAUUCCUUUCGUUUUCGUUCUUGGGUCAGGGAAAGUUAUUUCAGGGAUUGAAGUUGCUGUAAAAUCAAUGAAAGUUGGUGGCAUUCGUAGAGUCAUUAUUCCACCAUCACAAGGAUAUCAAAACACAACACAAGAACCUAUACCUCCUAAUUUUUUUGACAGGCAGAGGCUUUUUACAACCAUUUUCAAUCCAACGCGUCUUGCUAAUGGAGAAGCCUCGACAUUAAGUACUCUCAUAUUUGAUAUUGAGCUUAUCAGCUUGAGGCACAAGUGAUGUCAAUUUCCAUUGUAUCUAAAAGAUGAUUUCUCCUUCAUGUUUAUAAGUAAGCUAUUGCAUAUCGUAAUAUCCAUUUUAUAGGAAUUAAGAUUUUCAUACCUUUGUUUCAUGUUUAUAAGUUCUGAUUAGUAGUUAAAAAGUCUUAACAGAUAUGAUACGCUGUAGGCCUUUGGUUUUUGCCUUUUAGGCAUAAAAUCUCCACACUUCAAUUGUUGGUU